AUGUUUUUGUUGUCUGCUAAACUGACUCGCCAUCAAUAUUGCAGAUUUCCUGGAGCACAACCCAUCAGCUUCUCUUCAAGACAUAUCGAGGAAGAGCUCAUGGUAGAAGACUACUUUGUCAGUGAAAAGGCUGACGGUGUGCGAUGCAUGAUGUUUACAACAACAUUACAAGAUGGUCAAGUAGAAUCAUACCUGUCUGGCCAGGAAAGUCGAGAACUAUGGUUUCUCUUGUUUGACGCAAUGGUAGUUGACGGAAAGAAUCUUUGCGAUAGACCUUAUACCAAGCGAUUGGGGUAUCUACGAGAAUUUGUUCUCAUACCACAUCUAGAAUAUCUAAAACGUAACCCAAAUCAAAAACACAACUAUCCAUUUGAAAUUGUUCAAAAGCAUCUCGAGCUAUCUUACAAGGUUCAAAAAGUAUUCGAUAUGAUGAGCAAAUGCCACCAUAAGACAGAUGGUGUUAUUUAUACAUCCUCCAUUGCACCAUAUGUUUCUGGAACAUGCUCCAAAAUGCUCAAAUGGAAACCAUCAGAAGAAAACACGGUAGAUUUUAAAAUACUUGAUAUGAAAUUAGACGGAUCAUAUCCAUUGUUUCGUAUUGGGAUUCUAGAGAAUCGUAACCAGUAUUCUGAUUUUGGUAUCAUCACCUUGAGCGAAGAGACUUCAAAAGAAUGGGCCAAAAACCCACCAGUGGGACGAAUUAUCGAAUGCAGAUUUCGGGAUGACAAGGAUUCGGCAAAUCAUAUUAGCACUUAUAACAGCAUCAUGAUAUCCAUCAAUGACAAUGUUCAAAAAGAUGAUUUGAUCAAGGCAUCAAAUGCUAUUGAAGCAACUUGGAAGCAAAGAACAAUCGGCAAUGAAGUGAGAAUUUGA